ACAACACAGACCCUUAUCGGAAGAAAAGGCAAGAUCAUCAUAGGACUGCCACAGGCCCUUCCCGAGAUCUCCCCAUGGCCCUGGUCUGGUUUGGCCGGCAGGCUGCGAGCACCUCUGGCCGGUGUGUCUGGUGGUUCCCCUUGAGUCGGCCUAUAUCAUGCAGCUGCGGCGUUCACCACCAGCAGCAGCAGAGCUGGACGGACUCCCAUGAGCAGCAGCAGCCGGUGGCAGUAGACCUGCCUGAAGGGCCCGUGUUCUCCCGCUCCUCCAUAGGGACGUUCUUCCAGAACAAGCCCCUGCUGAAAAACCCCUUCCUGGAGGACGCACUACUGCAGAGUUAUUUGCGACGACACUUACCUUCAAGGGAUGUGGAGGAGGACCUCAGGAGGUUUGGCGAGCGCGUGGUGGAGGAGAUUGACGUGCUGGGUCUGGAGUGCGAGGACAACCCCCCGCGCCUGAAGCACUUUGACCCCUGGGGCCGGAGGGUGGACCGCAUCCUCACCUGUCCCGCCUGGUCUCGCAUGAAGGAGAUCUCCGCAGAGGAGGGGAUGGUGGCCGCCGGCUACGAGAGGCGCUACGGCGAGUGGAGUCGGGUUUACCAGAUGUCCAAGAUCUUCCUCUACGCCCCCUCAUCUGGCCUGUACACCUGCCCCCUCGCCAUGACGGACGGAGCAGCCAAAGUCAUUGAGUCAUUAGGUAGGUCUGUGUCAGUGGAAGAGGCUUUUCAGAGACUCACCUCGCGGGACCCCAAACACUUCUGGACUUCUGGCCAGUGGAUGACAGAGCGCAAGGGAGGAUCUGAUGUUGCCUCUGGAACAGAGACCGUAGCCUGGCCACAAGAUGAUGGUACUUACAAGCUCCAAGGCUUCAAAUGGUUCACAUCAGCAACUGACGCAGAUAUGACACUUACUCUGGCACGGAUACCAGACAAAGACGGACAAACUAAACAGGGUAGUGGAGGCCUGUCGUUGUUUUACGCGGAGGUUCGAGACGGGCAGGGCAACCUGAAUGGCAUCGAGGUGCAGAGGCUUAAGGAGAAGCUGGGCACGCGGCAGAUGCCCACCGCCGAGCUGCUGCUACACGGCCUGCCCGCUCACCUGGUAUCAGCUGAAGGGAGAGGGGUGGCCUCCAUUGCUAACAUGCUAACCCUGACGCGGAUCCACAACACGGUAUCGGCGGUGGCGUCAAUGAGAAGGAUCAUCCAGAUGAGCCGAGAGUAUGCAACCAAUCGUUUUGUCUUUGGGAAAUACUUGAAGAGCCAUCCUUUACAUGUGCAAACUAUGGCUAGGAUGGAGGUGGAGACGCGCGCCGCCUUCCUGCUGAUGAUGGAGGUGUGCCACCUGCUGGGCCGCGAGGAGGGGGGCGUGGCCUCAGACAUGGAGCUCCACCUGCUGCGGCUGCUCACCACCGUGGCCAAGCUCUACACGGGCAAGCAGGCUGUGGCUGUGGUCUCUGAAGGAUUGGAAUGUUUUGGAGGUCAAGGUUACAUUGAAGAUACAGGACUGCCCAGGAUGCUCAGGGAUGCACAGGUGUUGAGUAUCUGGGAGGGAACGACCAACAUCUUGGCCCUAGAUGUUCUCCGCUGCAUCUCCAAAACCUCUGGCCAAGUGUUGGACUCGUUUUUUGCUGUCGUAAAGAUGAAGACGAUGGCAGUUCCCGCAGACCAUGCUCUGCUGCCUGCGGUGGGGGCGGUGAACAGCGCCCUCUCUGGCCUGGGGGAGUUCAUGCGCUCAGCUGUCCGAAAGCCACCUGCCGUGAUGGAGAUGGCGGCGAGAGAUCUUGCAUACAGCCUGGCACGCGUCUACAUGGGUGCGCUGCUCAUAGACCACGCCUGCUGGGAGGAGGCGUCUCCUGCUGACGUCUAUGCUGCUCUGAGAUGGUGCGAGCAGGAUCUCUGUCCAGUGGUCAAUAAGAAUGCCAUGGCUAACUACGACCCCAAGACAGCUGCGAUGGAUGCCAGCCUGGUCUAUGGGGGAAGCAGCAGUGUGGAGACAUAAGGACUACUAGAGACCACCUGGCCACUUCACUGACGGUGAAGAAGAAAUGAAGUGCUCUUACCUGCAUGUAGUGCCGCUGUGGAUUUUGCCUUACACCAUAAUAUCAAAUAACCCUAUGAGGAACAAGCGCUAGCUCAAGGAGCAUGAGUUGAUAUAACCAUGGCAAUAGUUUUUUUUAAUGUCCUGGGCUGCGUUUCCAAAAAACUCUUAAGUA